AUGGAAGCUAACACCGCCAUCACAUUAGGACUCAUCAAAAUUGCUCCUGCACCAGCUAGAGCAUCGUCUGCCGAUGUGACGAAUGCCUACAAAACAGACUUGCCCACAAUGCACUUUAAUUGCCGAGCCUGUGUUCGCAAAAAGGUUAAAUGCAACAGGGCUGUGCCAGCAUGCUUGAGCUGCCGCAAAGCCAAGCUCCAGUGCGUCUACGAGGCUCACCUGCCGCCGAAGAGGACGCGAAGCGAGCUCAAAGACGUGUAUGAGCGUCUCGCGCGGUACGAGCGCAUCUUGCAGGACAACAAUCUGCUCCCAGCGGCCUCUGCAUCAACCCAAAGCAACAAGGAGACGGAGGCUGGUAAACUGCUUUCCGCCCAUGGCAAGUCUCGCUAUAUUGACAGUGUGCUUCUGAAUGCUGGGGAAGGCGACCUGUACGAAUUAUCUGAUUCUGACUCAUAUGAAUAUCACAACAACGACCCCGGAGCCGAGCAGACCACCCCAACUGGUCUUCUUGACGCCCUUGUGGCACGCACAGCCUCUGGGGCAAUAUAUGGAGGCAUCCAGAGCGUCACCGAGCAGCAUCCCAGCUAUGAGGCGGCUGUCAUGCUCUGGAAUGUGUACGUGCAAAAUGUUGAUCCUCUCUGCAAGGUUCUUCACGUUCCAACUGUGGCAAAAAUGGUUGACAUGGUCGCAAGACAACCUGCUGCCGCCUCGAAGAGUGACGAAUGCCUGGUCUUUGUUAUCUACUAUUUUGCUGUGUUUUCCAUGUCAAACGGCGACUGUCUGCAAACGUUCAACGAAUCGAGGGCCCUUUUAAUGUCGAGAUAUCAGACUGCUGUUUACCAGGCACUCGUCAAUGCGCCGUGGCUGAAGACUACAUCAAUGCCGGUACUACAGGCUUGCACACUCUUCCUCAUUGCCAUGCGCACUCAGAUUGACUCUCACACACUUUGGGUUCUGACGGGAAUCGCUAUUCGCCUUGCCCAACGUAUGGGGCUACACCAUGACGGUGAAAACCUUGGGUUGCCGCCGUUUGAGAUUCAGAUGCGACGGCGUCUCUUUUGGCAACUGCUUCCCCUCGACAGUUACGCGGGCCAAGUUUCCGGGACCGGUAUUUCCUUGUUGCCUAAUACCUGGGAUACCAAGCAACCGCUCAACAUUAACGAUGAUCAGAUCUUCCCCGGUAUGACGCAGCAACCUCAAGAGCAGAAGUGCGCUACGGAAAUGAUCUUCUGUUUGUCUCGGAUUGAACUGUCCAAUUUUUAUACCCGAACGGGCGUUAAAACAAAGGAGAUUGGUGGCACAAUUCAAUUCAGGGAUGCAGAGGACAUUGAGCGGCUCAUUGAUGGGGUUGAAGAUCUCAUCGAGAUAAAAUUUCUUCGGUACUGCGAUAUCUUGAACCCCUUGCACUUUUUGACGAUUGGAAUCGUGCGAUCUGCAACUAACGCCGUCCGACUGCGUGCUCGAAUGCCACCACUGAUCAAGCGAACAAUUACUGAUACGCAAGGAAGAGACCUCUGCGGUCUUGCAGAAAGAAUCCUCGAUACAAAUAGCACUAUAUACGGCAACCCAAGCAUGAAGAAGUUCCAAUGGCAAAUGCAAGCUUUUUUUAUAUGGGACGCCCUUCUCUGUAUUCUGCUUAGCCUUGCAGAAGCUGGAUUCUACUCCACGUCGGAGCUAAGCACUAUCUGGAACAAGGUUGCAGAAGUCUAUUCGAAUCACACGGAACUUGUAAAACAAAAAAGAACUCUGCACAUUACCAUCGGCAAAGCAACCCUGAAGGCGUGGCUUGCAAAUCCCCCGAAGGAUUCAUCCCCAGAGCCGGGUUUCGUGACGGCUCUGCGCGCUCAACAUGAACUGAAAGUCAACGGGAAGCAGGAGAGCAUUAAUGAGAUGGAGGCAACCAAUAGGGAUGCAGAUGGCGUCUUUGUUUUUGAUGACGUUGUCGAUAAUGUCGAUGGGACAAACAUUGAUCUUGAUGGCGGCCUUACCCUCGACUCUUCGGAUUGGGGGUUUUGGGAUCAGCUGUGGACAGGGAACAACAGUCUGAGCUGA